AUGACUACAUCCUCUUCAACUGCCGGUAGUCGCGACUUGACGCUGCGCCACGUGCUCAUCUUCCACCGCCACGGAGACCGCACGCCCGUGCUCACGUCCAUCGGCACCAAGGUGCAGGCCACGCAGGACGAGAAGGACUUCUGGGCCUCCAAGGUGGCCAUCGCCGAGCAGCUCGAGCUGCUGCUGCAGACUGCCAAGCCCGUAGGCGCCGACGAGACGCAGCCGCCCGUGAUCAGGCCCUCCAAGGAGGCCCAGUUCCCCUACGGCCUGCUCACGCAGAAGGGCGUCAAGCACAUGACAGGCAAAGGACGGGCGCUGCGGGAGCGCUACGGGCAGCUCCUGGACGGCGCCGUCAAGGCCAAAGACGUCUACGUGCUGUCCAGCAGCGUGCCGCGCACCAUCGAGUCCGUGCAGUGUCUGCUGCGAGGCUUCUUCUACGACGACGACGAGCAGGUUGAGCAGAGCAGCAAGGCCCCGCAGUUCUUGGUGCGCACGUACACGCGCAACGUGCUGGCGCCCAUGCACCCGCUGCAGGUGUUCAACGAGAUCGAGCUCAUCGUGCACGACGACGUGCUCAGGCUCCGGAGCAAGAUCGAGCGGGACGCGAUGGAGAAGCUCGGCCUGCACCUGCGCGACUGUCUCGGCGUGCCCGACGACCAGCCGCUGUCCUGGACGGCGGUCCGCGACGCGCUCACGUGCCGAGAGGCGCACGGCUGGCCGUUCCCCGACGGCGUCGACCACAAGAUCUUCGAGCAGGUCGAGGCGUACGACACGUGGCUCUGGCAGCGUCUGUACCAGCGCAAGAGCUUCUGCCACGGCGCGUUCAAGGACGGAGUGAAGGAGGUCUACAGCUUCGUCAAGUCCGUGGUGGAGAACGCGCAGCCGGCCAAGCUGUCCUUCUUCUCGGCGCACGACAAUUCGAUUGUGGCGCUGCUGGGAGCUCUGCAGAUCGACGUGGGCCCGCAGCUGCCCGAGUACGGCACCAUGGUGGCGUUCGAAGUGUACGAGGACAAGGCAACGCACGAGUUCUUCAUCAAGCCGCGGUACGAGGAUGAGGAGGUGACGUUCGCGGGCCACACGCAGGACCCGCUCUGCCCAUUCUCCCACUUCGAGGCGCUCGCGCUCGAGUUCCUGUCCUACAAGGCCUAG